AAAGAGAGAGAGAGAGAGAGAGAGAAGAAGAAAAAUAAAAAUAAAUAGAUAAAAAGCCGUGAACCUGCCUUUCCAGAAGGCCGGCCAUCGAAACGUGAGGCCCCGAAGUAUCAGCGCCACGAGCGGAUCGGUUUUCCCUCAGGCGCUGCCUCCCCUUUGCGUCGAACGGCUUAUUGUUUGGAAGGGAAUAGAAUGCAGAAAAGGAAAGCAAUAUUCUGGUGUCUUUGGGUACAUUGGAGCACUUCACUUGUACUGAAAUAGACUGUAGCAUGGCGGUGUGUGGCGGCAGUAAUUUUCGUCAUACAGUUGUCGAGUGCCAAGAGGAAAUGUUGAUUAGGGGAUGCAGUAACAUGAUUACACCGUGGAAAAGGUAGAUAUGCCAUAAUGAAAUAUACAGCAGUGCAUACACUGCAGCCGUGACGAGGCGCAUAAAAAAUGUUUUCUCUUCCCGUUAGACAUUUUCAACCCUUAAUGAUAUCACUGCUUUAAUUUUCUUAAUAUAUUACCUAUAUAUUUUUACUUGUCAUUUUAAUACUUCUAUAAUGUGUUCUAAACGUUCUGUCAUAUAAGAUUGAAGAUGGUUGCAGCCGAUCUCUAAUUUCCCUUGGCACUGCAAACGAAGUUGACAAUUGAGCUCAUCUGACUGAUUUCCAGUGACGGAUAGAAACACACUUGCAGGGGGCAGUGGGUGGCAUGCGCGUGUGCCACACGAGUAAUAGAUAAAUUGCUUACUGUUCCUAAGUCUUUGGACGCCGUCUGUAAUGUGCGGAAAUGAUCCAUGAAACCAGACCUUGCGUCAUCCUUUGAUAUACAAACAUGUAUUGCUGAAGUACACUUGCGUAUACAUUCCUUUCUUUUUUCUCCCACAACCCUGCAUUGUGAUGUGCGAGUGCAUUUGGUAAUAUGUAAGUUAAUCUGUAGGCAUGACAAUGGCACGGGGAGGGGCACCCGAGUACGCGUGCCCGGGAACACGCCUCCCAGAUACCCAGAUACCCGAGCCGGCCAUUGUCUCGCAGCAGUAUCUGAGUGUGCGGCUGAUAACCCUUCCGCCCGCGGGUAGGCCUACUGCCUGCCUAUUUGCCUCUCGCGCAGGAGACCUGGGCUUCAUGAUCGUGGGCCCCUGGGUGGACGUACAUGCAAAUGUACAUGUGGGUGCAAAACACACACACACACACACACACACACACACACACACACACACACACACACACACACACACACACACACACACACACACACACACACACACACAUACACACAUAAUUACACACGCGCGCGCGCGCAGAGCCCAUACAGACAGAUAACGCGAGGGCCGCCUGACCUGAUGCUUCUGCCAUAUGACUGGCCAUGGCAGUCAGCAGGCAGGCACGGGGCCCUCCACAUCCACCGACGGGCGCGCGCGAUCCCAUGCAGCGUUAACGGGAGGAAUCCAGCGGGAAAAUAAUGAUACGGUUCCCCGCGAGCCAGUCGAACGCUCCUGCGCCUCCGGCUCGCGAGCUCGAGUAAGCGCACAUCACUCGGGCGGCGCCUCGCAAGACCUGCAUCGCCGACAGACCAAGGCCUCGCGCCCAAGCCCCGAGACGCGGCUCCCGAGGGUGUUCCCCAUGGCUGCUCGGAGGCCCUCCCGCGCCACCAGCAUGCUCCUGCUGGCGUGGCUGCUGGCGUGCGCGGCCGGAGGGGCGGCCACAGCCGCGCAGGACCUGGCCACUCUCCGCCAGGUGGCCACCUCGCUGGACCACGCCGACGCCGCCCUGGCCAACCUCACUGACCUCCUGCGCGAUGUCUUCUUUCCUAACGCCUCGUCUACCACCUCCUUGUCCACCGCCUCCUGGCCCUCUUCCAGCCCGCCUGCAUCCACUUCGCCCGGCCCCUCCUGGCCCUCUUCCACCCUGCCUGCAUCCACCUCCUGGCCCUCUUCCACCCUGCCUGCAUCCACCUCCUGGCCCUCUUCCACCCUGCCUGCAUCCACCUCCUGGCCCUCUUCCACCCUGCCUGCAUCCACCUCCUGGCCCUCUUCCACCCUGCCUGCAUCCACCUCCUGGCCCUCUUCCACCCCCGCCUCCUCCACUCCCCUGCCGCCAACGCGAACGACGGGGUCUGAGUCGCCUGCUACAACAGGCCCUACAGCUCCUCCAUCUGCAACAACAGGAGCGACUCCCCCGCCCCAAACAACAACUAUACCUCCCUCUCCAACAGCAACUUCUAACCCGUCAACUCCAACAACAGCAACUACGGCAACUUUACCCUCAACAGUAGUAACUACAACCCCUUCACCUCCAACAACUACAACACCUUCACCUCUAACAACAACUACAACCCCUUCAACAACCACUACAACACCACCUCCAACAACAGCUAUAACCUCUUCACCAACAGCAACUACAACCCCUUCACCCCUAACAACAACUACAACCCCUUCACCUCCAACAACAACUACAACCCCUUCACCCCCAACAACUACAACCCCUUCACCUCCAACAACAACUACAACCCCUUCACCUCCAACAACUACAACCCCUUCACCUCCAACAACAACUACAACCCCUUCACCCCCAAUAACAACUACAACCCCUUCACCUCCAACAACAACUACAACCCCUUCACCCCCAACAACAACUACAACCCCUUCAACAACCACUACAACACCACCUCCAACAACAGCUAUAACCUCUUCACCAACAACAACUACAACCCCUUCACCUCCAACAACAACUACAACCCCUUCACCUCCAACAACAACUACAACCCCUUCAACAACCACUACAACACCACCUCCAACAACAGCUAUAACCUCUUCACCAACAACAACUACAACCACUUCAACAUCUCCAAUAUCUACAACUUUUUCACCUCCAACAGCAACUAUAACCCCUUCACCAACAACAACUACAACCCCUUCACCUCCAACAACUACAACCCCUUCACCUCCAACAACUAUAACCCCUUCACCAACAGCUACAACUCCUUCACCUCCAACUACUACAACCCUGUCAUUGACACCAGCCACAGCUACAACUACAAUGCCAACAUUGACUACGUUAACCACCACAACCACAACCCCAGCUACAACACCUGCUACAAUCACAACCCCUGCAACUACAUCAGCUACAGCUACAACCACUUUCACAAUAUCUACUCUAACUACUCCCACUACAACCACGGCUCCUGUUACAAAAACUUCCCCGGUAACAACAAGCAGAACAACAACCACAAUUCAGACAAACACCACAACUCCCACAACCACAACUACAAUAAUUCCUACAACAACUCUCACAACCAGAACUCCUACAACUACAACAAAUACAACCUCUUCUCCCCCAACCACAACAUAUACCAAAACCACCACAGCUACAGUAAUCACAACAACAACCACUACUCCCACAACCACAACUCCCACAACCACAACUCCCACAACCACAACUCCCACAACCUCAACGCCCACAACCACAGUUCCCACAACCACAACUCCCACAACCCCAACUCCCACAACCACAACUCCCACAACCACAACUCCCACAACCACAACUCCCACAACCACUACUCCCACAACCACAACUCCCACAACCUCAACUCCCACAACCACAGUUCCCACAACCACUACUCCCACAACCCCAACUCCCACAACCUCAACGCCCACAACCUCAACGCCCACAACCACAACUCCCACAACCCCAACUCCCACAACCACAACUCCAACAACCACAACUCCCACAACCACAACUCCCACAACCACAGUUCCCACAACCACAACUCCCACAACCACAACUCCCACAACCACUACUCCCACAACCACAACUCCCACAACCUCAACGCCCACAACCACAGUUCCCACAACCACAACUCCCACAACCACAACUCCCACAACCCCAACUCCCACAACCACAAAUUCCACAACCACAACUCCCACAACCACAACUCCCACAACCACAACUCCCACAACCACAGUUCCCACAACCACAACUCCCACAACCACAACUCCCACAACCACAACUCCCACAACCACUACUCCCACAACCUCAACGCCCACAACCACAGUUCCCACAACCACAACACCCACAACCUCAACGCCCACAACCUCAACGCCCACAACCACAACUCCCACAACCCCAACUCCCACAACCCCAACUCCCACAACCACAACUCCCACAACCCCAACUCCCACAACCCCAACUCCUACAACCACAACUCCCACAACCACAACUCCCACAACCACAGUUCCCACAAACCCAACUCCCACAACCACAACUCCCACAACCACAACUCCCACAACCACAACUCCCACAACCACAACUCCCACAACCACAGUUCCCACAACCCCAACUCCCACAACCACAACUCCCACAACCACAACUCCCACAACCACAACUCCCACAACCGCAGUUCCCACAACCACAGUUCCCACAACCGCAGUUCCCACAACCACAGUUCCCACAACCCCAACUUCCACAACCACAACUCCCACAACCACAACUCCCACAACCACAACUCCCACAACCACAACUCCCACAACCACUACUCCCACAACCCCAACUCCCACAACCACAACUCCCACAACCACAACUCCCACAACCACAACUCCCACAACCACAACUCCCACAACCGCAGUUCCCACAACCACAGUUCCCACAACCCCAACUCCCCCAACCCCAACUCCCACAACCCCAACUCCCACAACCACAACUCCCACAACCACAACUUCCACAACCACAACUCCCACAACCACAACUCCCACAACAACAACUCCCACAACCACUACUCCCACAACCACAACUCCCACAACCUCAACGCCCACAACCACAGUUCCCACAACCACAACUCCCACAACCACAGUUCCCACAACCACAACUCCCACAACCACAACUCCCACAACCACAACUCCCACAACCACAACUCCCACAACCACAACGCCCACAACCACAACGCCCACAACCACAACUCCCACAACCACAACGCCCACAACCACAACGCCCACAACCACAACGCCCACAACGCUCACAACCUUAACGCCCACAACCCCAAGUCCGAAGGCGACGCCGGCCGCGGACAGGAGCAAGCCGGGCCGCCGUGAGCGGUCCGUCGUCCUCGCGGCGUCGCUCGCAGAAUCCGAAGGAGAAGAGGAAGAAAGAGGAGGAGGAGGAGGCGCAGGAGGUGGAGCAGCUGGCGAGCGAAAGGGAGGAGGCGAGGCCAAGGGGCGCGCGGAGGGCGGCCUGGUGCAGGAGGCCACGUGGUGGGGGCGCGUGAACCGCACGGCCGCCAGGAUCCGGGCGCUGACGCAGGAGAUCGCGGGCGGGGCGGCGGACGCCACGCACGCGAGCCAGCUGGAUGGCCAGGCCACGAGGCUCGACCAGCUGGUGGGCGAAGGGCGCGACGACCCGCAGCUGGUGCUCGAGGCCAGCGGGGAGGAGGUCGUCGAGCUGAUGAAGGACUUCGAGGAGAUCUCGAAGGAGGUGGCGGGCGCCAGCGACGCCGUCCGACAGGAGAUCGACAGGGCGCAGAAAAGUCAGACGACCCUGAUUGCGGUUCUGGUGGGUCUGAGCGCCGUCCUCGCGCUGGUCGUGGGCGCCAUGGUCCUCGCACGCGCUCGGCCCUGGAGGAGAGCCAAGACGCUGCUCAUUAGCGGCAACAGGGGGCGGCGCGGCGAGCUGAGCCACGUGUACCUGGACGACGAGAACGCCGGCGUCAGGAACAUGUCCUUCACCGCCUAUCCCGAGGUGGACGUGAACGGCGCCGAGAUCAGGAACGGCGUGAGCGACGGAGUCCCGCUCUCCACUUUCGCACUCAGUCAGGCAUGAAGGCAACGGAUGAAGAGGGGAUGAGGACACCAAAGAGAGAGGGAGAUAUAGAGAGAGGGAGAGAGAGAGGGAGAGAGAG